AGGUGUGCAUUAGUGGCAGGUGAAGGAUUCAGAUUUAGUUUCGGUCUCUAUCCGUGUGAAAUGGACAUGAAAAUGCUGAUCAGCUGCGGAACAUUAACACACACAGUCCUGUGAGGUUCAGCCAUUGGAACCAGCUGAAGAUCCAAAUCCAGGUCCAGGUCAGCAGAAGCAGCAGAAAUUCAGCAGUCUGUUUCUGUUCCACUGAAGAGAUUGUUUUCUUAUUGGGUGUGUAAGAGACAUUGUGUGAGAGACAGUGUGCGUGUGAAAGAGACAGUGUGUGUGUGUAAGUGUGUGCAAUUGUGUACAUUAAUGAUGGCAGUGACUGAGUUUCCUGAAUCAGUGAAGCACGAAGGUGAAAAUGACAGCCACACUGAAAUAUUAGUUUCGGACACUUCCCAACACUCUCAGACUCCGCCUACAGACCAAACCCCGGGAAAUUUGAAAGAAGGCAGAGCUACAGACCACACCACAGACCAUGCUGCACCCCAGUCCCGUCUGUCACGAGGUUUUGCACGUUUACUGCGUAAGAACCAGGACUACAUCCGCAUCAGUAUGGGCGAGCCACGCCUUCAGCAGCUGUGCAGAGCCCAAGUUGAGCAUCUACCAGCAGAAUGGUGGAAAACGGGCUUGUCCUUCCUGUGGGCGGUGUCUAUGCUCUUUUUCACCACUGUCAUGAUCACAAUUGUGCACGAGCGCGUCCCAAAUAAGGUGGAUAACCCGCCACUGCCCGAUAAGUUUUUCGACUAUGUACCACGUUUGGAGUGGGCAUUUACUGUCACCGAGGUCAUCGGCAUCGGACUGACGCUCGUCUGGACCAUGCAGUGGGUCUUCCUCAAACACAAGUCAAUCGUAGGCCGCAGAUUCUUCUUCCUGAUGGGGAUUCUGUAUCUGUAUCGCAUCAUCACCAUGUACAUCACCACGCUGCCUGUCCCUAGCACACACAUGAACUGUGCUCCCAAGUUGAAUGAUGACUCCUUGGGGAAAGUGUAUCGGGUCUUCCAGCUCGUCUCAGGAGGAGGUUUGUCCAUCACAGGCUCACAUAUGAUGUGUGGUGAUUUCCUGUACAGCGGGCACACAGUCAUCCUCACACUCAACUCCCUCUUUAUCAGUGAAUACUCCCCCCGCAGGAUGUGGUGGUAUCACUGGAUCUGCUGGCUUCUGAGUGUAGUGGGCAUGGUCUUCAUCCUUGUAGCUCAUGAGCACUACAGCGUGGAUGUGGUGGUGGCGUAUUUCGUUACAUCACGCCUCUUCUACUGGUACCACACCAUGGCCAACAACCAGUCUCUAAAAGAUUCUCCUCAGAAUUAUCUCCAUCGUGUGUGGUGGAGGUUCAUCUUCAACUUUCUUGAGAGGAACGUUCACUCCGUGGUGCCCUGUAAGUUCUGCUGGCCGAUCACUCUGCCCACCUCCUGUCUAACUUCACCCUGUGACUCGUACUCCAAAGUGCAACUGACCCGAGACGAGUGACACACACACACACUCCGGACAGAACAUUACAGCUCAGGCUCACACACACACAGCAGUAUUUGACAGACUGAGUGUCUGUGUGUGUGUGUGUGUGUGAGUGAGUGUGCACCUAAGUGCUUUAAAGACUAUCUGGUGAAGAAGAAGAAAAUAAUUUAUUUUAAUGAAGGAUGUUUUAUUGCAUGCCGUUAGCAUCACCACAGUGACUGUGUGUUUACUGAUUGUACUGAAGUACUGUUUAUUAUUGUUAUUUACACGUACUGUAUUUUAUUUGAUUUCAGUGUGAAUAUCUUUUGCAUUCAUUCGGUAUGAUUGUGUUGUUUAUUUGGUCAUAAUGUAAAAUA